AACAAACACCGCAUUCCGCCCUACGCCGAUGUCUCGUCAACUGGCGGCCAGUGUUAGUGCACAGUAGGCCAAGCUCGCGUGAACAUCCAUAGAACUACACUGCGAUUGAAUAUUGCUCACACACGUUCCGUCCGCCAGCCCGUCAGCACUCGGCUCGUGUGAGUGUGCAGCGAGCUUGUUUUCUAUUUCACUGGGCACGAGCCGUCGUGGUGAGUUUUCCCGGCGCUUUUCCAGAAUCCAUGCUUUCGCCAGCCGGAAAACUGACGGUGGUCUAUCAGACGGUUCAUGGCACUCGAAGCGACUGCAACGUUAUCCAAACAGUGACGGUGCAAUUUUUUUGGUGAAAAUUUAUUGUGUUCAGGAAUUAGUGACUUAUAAGCAGUAGCUUAACGAGAGUUAGCAAUUAAUCGUGUGCGUGUGGAAUAAUGCAAAACAAUAAAACAAACGAUUAGGCAGCAGGCGACGGGUUUCACCAGUGUGUCAAACUGAAAUAAUAAAUCUGUCCAGGAUUUACACCGUUUGCUUCCCACGGUUACAGCUCGUAGCCCACUAUGACAACGCGAACCUCAUCGUGAGAACCAAGAAUUUCCAAGUUCAGUAAAACAGAUCCCAGCAGGCCAAACGAGCAAGUGCAGUUGUCCGACCAAGGAGCACUUUGUUAGUUAUUUGCCGUAAUCCGUUAAUAUUUAGUGAAAAGUUUAAAAAAGAGUCAAGUGUCUCAACAGCCGUUAUCAGUUUAAGGUGUUAUCUUCCUUAUCGCUAUCUCACAUUCGACCAAUCACAUACAUUGUCGCCGGAAAAUAACAAUUCACCUUACGGCCCAGCGCUACUCUUUGGGUUUGGCGAAAUUGAGUGAUAAUUGAUCAACGGGAUUUGAAGAGGUGGUCGCAGCACAAACGUCCAUUCCACCGGACCAGACUGACGUCAAUCCACAGUCGAGAAACUACAACUAUUUUUAUUGCUCCUGUAAUCGAAUGAGUUUGACUACAGUUUUUGAAAAAUGAAGCAAUCCUUUGGUGGUGGUUGAAACAGUUCCAAAAGUCCAAACAAGUUUACGGUGUCUACAGAAGAAAAGUACUAUUUGAUUGAGUGUUCAAAAUAGAAAGUGAUAAAUUUGAAGCGGUGACUUGGUUCGGUGUUGCUGGAGUGACGAAAGACAAACCCCAGUAGGCGCUGAACUGCACGCAAUGGGACCAAACGACAACAACAACGUUUUGGAAGAUGAUCCCAAUCUGCAGGAUCUUCCCAAUAACCUCAUAGUAGCAGAUGACAUUUUGGAUCUAAUCAUUGAUAUAAUCGACCAAGAGAUGCCACCAACAGCGCCAGAGAGACCGCACGUCGUCAUCACCGAGCAGCCCCAGUCAAAGGCCCUGCGGUUUCGGUAUGAGUGCGAGGGCCGUUCGGCCGGGUCGAUCCCCGGCGUACACAGCACCCCGGAGCAGAAGACCUUCCCGAGCAUCGAAAUCCGCGGCUACAAGGGCCGGGCGGUUGUUGUGGUGUCCUGCGUGACGAAGGAUCCGCCCUACCGGCCCCAUCCGCACAAUCUGGUCGGCAAAGAGGGCUGCAAGAAGGGCGUCUGCACGGUUGAGAUCAACAGCAGCACCAUGAGCUACACCUUUAGCAACCUGGGCAUCCAGUGUGUCAAGAAGAAGGACAUCGAAGAAGCACUUCGCUUGCGCGAGGAGAUUCGGGUCGACCCGUUCAAAACUGGAUACGGUCAUGCCAGGCAACCGGCCACCAUCGAUCUCAAUGCCAUCCGCCUGUGCUUCCAGGUCUUCCUGGAGGGUCAACAGCGAGGUCGGUUCACGGAACCCUUGCAGCCAGUUGUGUCCGAUGUGAUCUACGAUAAGAAAGCCAUGUCCGAUCUGGUGAUCUGUAAGUUAAGUGACGUAACCGCCCCGGUUGCCGGCGGUAGAGAGAUUAUUCUGCUGUGUGAGAAGGUCGCCAAAGAGGACAUCGCGGUGCGCUUCUACGAAGAACAGCACGGCAACAUACUGUGGGAGGACUACGGCGAGUUUCAGCAUACCAACGUACACAAACAGGUGGCAAUCUGCUUCAGGACGCCCCGCUAUCGAACGCUGGAGGUUGAACAUCCCGUCCUUGUGAAUAUACAACUGAAGAGGCCAUCGGACGGUGCUACCAGUGAACCGCUGCCAUUCGAGUUGGUGCCGCUAGACUCAGGUAGGCGAAGGUUUUGGUCACUUCAGCGUGACAUACUCAAAAAUGAUUCUCCGGAAAACGAUGUCUUCAAGAAGAUCCUGCUUGAGGGGGCGGCUCAGCCGGAGAAAAAGUCUCCCCCGAUACUGGAAUCGGAUGAAGUCAUUGUGUUGGAUACUCCGAUUGCCGAGAACAAACCAAUCGUUACAGAGCAAAUCCCAAGCGAUCAGAAAACGACCGAAUGGAUCGAGCGAAACGAGUUCGACGACGUCGACAACAACAGUCCGGUUUCCAGUGAAGACAAUCAGUUGCUCUCGAAUGAUUCCAUUGAACAGCAAGUUCCGAAAGAGGACGAAGAUAAGACUCUUAACGAAUUGCUGGAACAGGUUGCGGAACUUGAUGAGAUCUACACUGAUCACCAGCUUCGGCGGGAAAAUAUGAUUAUUGAAAAUGAGUUGAAAAUUUUGGAAAAGACCAUUCCCACUGGUUUGAUAGAUACUGGCGAUAAGAUGGACAUUGACGACGUCUUCGAUGAUGCCGCAACUUACACUAGUCUGCAACGUGCCUUCAAAAAUCCAGUUCCUCUCGCGUUAGGCCCUCCAGUUCCUCCAAGACCUCAAUACCAGCUAGAAUUAGAACCCGGAUUCUACGACGCGGUUGAGCCCAUGCUUAUUUGUCCACCCUCCAUUGAAAUUGGUUCAUUAAAAAGAGAAAACAUAGAAGACGAAAAGCUUCCUCCUCUUCCUCCAAAACGUGCUAAGCCAAGUUCUCAGAACAAAGAAAAUGCCAAUCUCGACACCGGUGAUGAGGUCCUUCUUCACAGUAUCAUUCGCAAAGGGUCUAGUCGCAGUCUUACCCCACGCCCUCAGUCUGAUCAGAUCAUUAUCAUGAAAUCGCCCGACAGUCCCCCUAACAAAAAACUACCCCCGACUCCCCCAGCUUCUCCAACCAAAAAUGAUUACGGAACCUUGCCCAAGAACAAAAAACCCGGAUUUCUCUCGAAGUUGUUCUCUCGGAAAAAGAGCAAAUCUGACCUGACGGCUAGUACAAACACUCUUACGCACAAAAGCACUCCUGGGGCUUCCAAGGAGCCCAGCAUGGUUAACUUUGAGUUGAAUGACUCCACUCGCGAUUCCGUUCGUAGUAAAUCUUCAGUUGCCGAGAAGGGUGGAGACAAGCGAAAAACUGGCAAACCAGUGGCUCGCAGCGUCAGCAGUGUCUCUUACAAGCGACCAACCACGGAUACCAAUCCGGAUGUGAUCUACAUACCUCUGAAGGGGGAUGGUCCCACUUCUAACCUCGCUAAUCGCUCUGGCAGUGGUACCCAUUUAUCCCUUCCAGGCAAUGAUUCUUACGAACGGGCCAGCACAGUUUCUCUUCCUCCCUUGGAUCGAAGAACCGUCAGUGCCCUACAGUUAGAUGUUCCUAUUCAGGACGGCAAUAUGGAGCUGGUGGCCAUUGCCGAUGCUCGCAGUAUAAAGAAUUUGGUUGAAGGAGACUACGGCAUCAAACUUGAUCCCAGUGUAGAUCUGACCGAGGCCGAACACUUCGCACUCUACACCUCGAUAGCGCCCAAUGCUGCGCUGAGCGAGUUUGAUGAAACUUCCGCCUACUACGCCCCCGUUGAACCCGGUCCCCUCACAUACUUACGCCCUAAUAGUACGGCUUACAGCGCUGACGUCUAAACAAAACCCAUUUUUUUUGCAGCUAAUUUUUCCCAUACCAUCGUUCUAGAUUUAACCAUACACAACACAACAGCCAUCUACCAAACAUUAUUUUAUUGACAUCUUGUACUUAUUUCUAUGUGUUUGUAGCCAAACGAAAGAAACGCAAGCCUAACACCUGGGGGGACACCCCAGAACACAUGCCAGAAGCAGCCCGUAAGUGUCCUCCAGCCUCUUCCGUGAUCUCUCGCUAUCUCUCAAUCUCCUUCCACCAUCCUAUCACCUGUUAUGCU